AUGGAUGUUAGUGGGAGGGAUUACCCAGCAAGUAGGGCAAGUGGCUGAGGGCUAAGGACUGCGAUUCCACGCAGCCUCCGUCAGUCAUCCGCUCGGUGCGCGCACGGGAGGAAAAAGGCCUGCGUGUUCAUCUCCACCCACACACACACACACACACACACACGACAUGGUGAAGUGCGUGGGGCAGCGCGGCGAGCUGAAAGGCGAUCAGGGACUGUCCGCGGCCGAGAUGUCGGACUGCUCCCUGGGCGACGUGUGCCAGUGUCCCGCCAUGGCGCGCAUCGACACCUUCAUGAAGAACGUGCAAGUCCUGCUGGACGCGGCGCGGUACAUCGACAAGGUGGAGAAGAGCAGCGGAAAAUGUGAGCAUGGCUACGCUUCCGCCUACCCCGCCAGCCGGACGGAGCACCCGCCCAAACAGCGUAAAUUCAAGAAUAGGAAACUGGACAACAUUCACAAUAGGUCAGCUCACAAUGAACUGGAAAAGAAUAGAAGAGCACAUCUCCGCCAUUGUUUGGAGAGGUUGAAGUCGCUCAUCCCUCUGGGACCAGAAUGCACUCGGCACACCACACUGGGACUCCUCAACAAGGCCAAAGCACACAUCAAGAAACUUGAAGAGGCGGACCGAAGGAGCCAACACCAGCUGGACACGUUGGAGAGGGAGCAGAGGUACCUGCAGAGACAACUGGCCCAGCUGCAGACACUCGGGGACAGGGACCGGGUCCGCAUGGAUAGUCUGGGCUCUCCCAUGGACUCUGAUGAGCGCUCAGAGUCUGAAAGAGAGGACAUCGAAGUGGACGUGGAGUGCACAGAGUUCUCCCAUGGAGAACUGGACAGUGUGAGCAGCGGCGCCACCAGCGACCUGGACGACCAGAGCAGCCGGCAGAGCUCAGCCAGCGACGAAGGCUACUCCACCUGCAGCUUGCUCAAAGUGCCCUUCUCCGCUUGAGGUCAGCGACGCUGGCCGUGCUUUUUAUGGCUUUAACAAUCACCAGCCUACACACACACACACACACACACUCCAACCUAAACUGUCCACCUAAAAGUACCAGCCUUAAGCUCAACUGUAAACCUGAAUGUCUGUUGCCGGAAUCAAACACACCUUCACUGGAUAGGAACCCAAAAAUCAGGGGGCUAAAACUCCAAAUCAAUCAAGUUGAUCCCUCGACAAACCAGCAAAAAAAACAACACUCAAAAUACCAGCUUGAAGCUCCAAAACGUUGCCCUUUACCUUCCGAGGGCGACGACGUCUGCAUUCCAAAAUGUGUUUGACUGCUUCUUACUAGCAGGAGCCACAAGCAUCAAACCCUACGUGGCAUCUCUUAGUUCUAAUUUAUUUUGCAUACGAUGAUAGUAUUUAUUUUUGUCGGAUAUAUUUAACUGCGCCCCCCCUUUAAAACGCACCCCCCCCCCCCCCCCCCACUCCCACUUGGAACGUAAUAAGCUAUCCACGACUUGUCCAAGCACAAGGCUAAAGCAAUAAGGCAUCUUUUUAAGUUCUGUCCGUCCUCCAAAGCGUUUAGCGGCCCAAUUGCGAGACCGACCUGAUGAGUCAUAGGUCUGAAAGGUACAAACAAAAAAAGAAGAAGAUUGUAAAUGGUUUUAAAAAAGCUACUGUGCAUGUGUGCUGAAGGUUGUAAUGCGCUUUUUUAAACAAGAACGACUUAGUUGUUUCAGUUUGUCAAUUAUGAGCGUAAUCUGCAUUUCUCCUUCUGCUCGUGACUCCAUCACCACCAAAUUGUGUCUUAUCGUGGGUGUAUGACUCUUGCACAAGUCCCCGCGCACCCGCUCCCCCCCACCCAACAUUCUGGGAAAGAUGUAAAAAUGCACUAUAGAAUCAUUGUUUGGGAUUUCACACAAAAAGCACAGCCCUGAUGUUUUCUAGUGCGACUGUCAAAACGUGCCCUGCUGAUACUUUGGUUCCUGAUGACUCUCCCUGGAAUCCUAAUAAAUCUCUUCCAACAACAUGUCAUCCGCUUGUGUUCAAU